CAACAAAGUACUUUCUUCCUUCAUCUUCGCCUCUCUUUCACCCAACAUUCUAGACUUGACUUUUACCUUGGCACACAAACACAACUUUUCCCACAAUGACAGCAACAUCCCUCCUCGACCGCCUCAACCGCGACGGCUUCGUCGUCAUCCCCUCCGCCAUCACCGACCCCCAGCUCACCGAGCUCCGCUCCGCCGCCGAGCAAGCCACCUCCCUCGCCCGCGCCGGCAAGUGGCCCAGCGUGCGCACCCUCCCCAAGCAGUUCCCGCCCUGGCCCCGCAACACGCCCGAGAUCGCCCGCGACGAGGGCAUCUGGGGCGUCCAGGGCAUAAUGCACCCCGACAUGCCAGGCUCGUCCACCUUCGUGGCCAUGUACUUUAGCGACGCCGUCGUGGCGCCCACCCGGGAGCUGCUGCAGUGCACCGACGACGACCUGGUCAUGGAGCUGUUCAACCUGCUGGUGCGCCCGGACCGCGACUUCGAGCUGCGCUGGCACCGCGACGACAUCCCUGCCUCGGCCACGCCCGACGAGGAGCUGGAGAGGCUGAGGCAGCCCGCGUAUUCUGCGCAGUGGAACCUCGCCCUGUAUGACGAUGCGAGCCUCAUCGUCGUGCCGGGCAGCCACGCACGCGCGAGGACGGACGUCGAGAGGGCUGCUGAUCCCUUUGAGAAGGAGAUCCCGGGCCAGCUUGUCGUCAAGCUCAAGGCGGGCGAUGUGGUCUUCUAUAACAACAAUAUCCUGCAUCGGGGUGCCUACAAUUCCAAGGUGGACAGGCUGACGCUGCACGGGAGCGCAGGACAUGUGGACGGGUCGACGCUGCGGGCGAGGAAUGUGCUGCAGCAUGGCCUGCGGGACUGGAUUGAUCGGGUGGACUUUAGUGGGCUUGACGAGCACACAAGGGUGAGGGCGGACAAGAUGAAGUCGGCUUUGGUCAAGUUGGGUCAGGAGGCGGGCGAGGUUGGGUACUCGCUUGAUGGGUGAGCUGCAGAUUAUCUCUUCUGGAGAGUUGCAUCUGCAAUGUCGAAGCUGUUGAAUUAUGUCCCUUCAAUUGUUUCUCAACAACACUUUUUCUCUUAGGCCGUUGUAAUUGUCUCGAGGGUCUCUUUCUCCUGCUGUGGUCAUCAACAAUCCACCCUUGCUCUACGAUCAUUCUAUAUCCAUUACAACAUACUGUUGUAGUCUGAGAAGAAGGCACUCUUCAUUUCUGUCAGAACGUAACGUGCUCAUCAUGUUGAUCUCCCUUCAUUUUACUCAACAAAACUGGCUAGCGCUUCAUCUGUGGAUUUUUGGCCAGACACUAAAAGUAUGAGUGAGCACGUUUUUUGGAGUUGGAGAUUGCCUCCACGACAUCCUCGUAUGGUUGUAUGAUUUGAGAGUAUUUCAUUGCCUCG